AUGACAUCAGUGCAGAGGAAUGAGUUCGGUUCAAACGAAGACAGUGUAGAAGAGGAACCCGAGCAGCUUGAUUAUGAAAAGCAGAGAUGGAAUCGUUCAAUGCACAGGUAUGAUUCCCUCAUGCACCCUGCCAACACCACUAACUUCCAUACAAAUUCCUUCUCCAGGACCAACGACGAGCCGGCUCUGUGGGAUGUGCGAGACUCACAUCUUGGGUUGUGGCAAAUUAUCCGGAAUCUAUCGAAGAGACUACAGCAGUGUGACUGA